UUAAACGUUUUAUUUCCAUACCUUUCACUAUUUAAUUUACACUUUUCAUUGACUUCACCGAUUUUCUUUCUUUCCUCGUUUCCUUUCCUUUCGCUGCCCUCCCUCCUCCCCACUAAGUUUGUCCCUCGCCGCGACCCGUCGAUCUUCCUAAAGAAAAAAAAACGAAAGCAGUAGCCGUCAACUAACGAACCAACUAAUGCAGUGGAGGCUCAACGAUGGAAAGCGACACGGCCGUCCGGAGAAUAAAGCCCUCCGGGCCGCCUCGCUUUGGAGCCCGGGACAACCAGGGUCCCCAGAACCGCUGCGGGGAUAACGGGUACAGCGGUGACCCGAAGAGGAAGCCCGAAGUGAGCUUGUGCUUGCUGCGGGAAGGGCUGACGGCUUGCCUGGUCUCCGUGUUUCUGUUGCUGCUGUGGGGACUCGUUCAUCUGUCGCUGCAGCAGCUUGUCAUCGGCAAACCCAGCGGGGAGUUUAACGCGGAAAGAGCCAGGCGGCACCUGGAGCAGAUCACCAGCGUGGGCCCUCGGCCGGUGGGCAGCCAGGAGAACGAGGUCCUGACGGUGGGCUACCUAUUGGGGCAGAUAGAGGACAUCCGAGCGAAGGCGGCGGCGGGCCCUCACCAGCUCACCGUCGACGUGCAGCGACCCACCGGCUCGUUCUCCAUCGACUUUCUCAGCGGUUUCACAAGCUUCUACGACCACGUCACCAAUGUCGUCGUCAAGCUGGAGCCCAAAGGAGGCAGUGAGCAUCUCAUGCUCGCCAACUGCCACUUUGACACUGUGGCUAACAGUCCAGGUGCCAGUGAUGAUGCGGUGAGCUGCGCAGUGAUGCUGGAAGUCCUCCAUUCUCUGGCCAACCUGUCCACUCCUCUUCACCACGGCGUGAUCUUCCUCUUUAACGGAGCAGAGGAGAAUGUCCUGCAGGCGAGUCAUGGAUUCAUUACGCAGCAUCCUUGGGCUGAGCAGGUGCGCGCUUUUAUUAACUUGGAGGCUGCAGGCGUUGGAGGCAAGGAAGUUGUUUUCCAGACAGGUCCAGAGAAUCCCUGGCUGGUCCAGGCCUACGUUCAGGCAGCCAAACACCCGUUCGCCUCAGUGGUGGGUCAGGAGGUCUUUCAGAGCGGCGUCAUUCCCUCCGACACAGACUUCCGCAUUUACAGAGACUUUGGUAACAUCCCAGGCAUUGAUCUUGCUUUCAUUGAGAAUGGUUUCAUCUACCACACCAAGUAUGACACAGCCAACAGGAUCUUGACGGACUCCAUUCAGAGAGCCGGUGACAACAUCCUGGCUGUGCUGAAGCACCUGCUGAUGUCAGAAACGCUGGCGGAUUUCUCCGAGUACCGUCACGGCAACAUGGUGUUUUUUGACCUGCUGGGGGUUGUGGUGGUGGCCUAUCCCGCCCGUGUGGGCACCAUCCUGAACUGCGUGGUGUCUGCAGCCACGCUCCUGUAUCUGGUUAAGAAGGCCCUGCGGCCUGGCACUGGAGGAGGGCGUUACCUUCGGGACCUGGCCUGUGCCACCGGUGUGGUGGUGCUGUGCUGGUUCGUCACCCUGCUGUCCGUGCUGAUCGUUGCUCUUCUCGUCACUCUGUUGGGACGCUCCAUGUUUUGGUACACCCACUUCUACGCAGCAAUCUGCCUGUAUGGGGCUGCAGCCACCGGAAAGAUUAUCCUCAUCCACACGCUGGCCAAGAACCUGUACUACGGGGGUGUGCGUCUGGUGGAGCUGGGUGAUCUGUAUUUCGAUGUGAGCUUGUUGCUGUGGUGCUACAGCCUGGUGUGGCUGACCUAUCGGGGUCUGUGUUCAGCCUAUGUGCCCAUGCUCAUGGUGGCUUUCCCCCUCAUCACAAGACUGCUGCUGACCAAAGAGUUCAAACACAGAGGAGCAUCGCUGAAGUACAGCUUGUUGUACCUUUUGGGGCUCACGUUGCCAUACGUCCACCUCAUGUUCCUGAUCUGGGUGGUGUUUGAGAUUUUCACCCCCAUCAUGGGCCGCAGCGGAACAGAAAUCCCUCCUGAUGUGGUGAUGGCCUCUUUGGUCACUCUGGCUGCCAUCUUCCUCUCCUCGUUUUUUCUGCAUUUCAUCUACUUGGUAAAGAGCACAAAGUGGAUCCUGACUGGACUGGGUUCAGUUUUCUUAGUCAUGUUCCUGCUGGUGUCUGCCGGCCUCUUCUUUCCAUAUUCGGGGAAUCCACACAGCCCCCGGCCGAAGAGAGUGUUCCUGCAGCAUACAACACGGACCUUCCACAACCUUCAGGGCCAGGUGGAGAGUCAGGACUCGGGUCUCUGGAUAAACAGCUUUGACUUCACAAGCGUACAGCACAUCACGCCGCACAUCCCAGAGAUCAACGACAGCAUCCGGACCCGCUGCAGGGAGGACCGACCCUUCUGUGGUUACCCGUGGUUCCUGCCGGUCAAGUUCCUCAGCAGGAAGAACUGGUACCUUCCAGCCUCAGGGGUUUCCCCCAGCUCUCCAGUGGAGUUCAGCCUUCUGUCCAAAGAGGAGACGAGAUGGGGGACUGUCAAAAUGACAUUCAGGGUGAAAGGACCCAGCCACAUGUCUCUGUAUCUGAUGCCUCACCGAGGGGCCAGCCUCUCCACUUGGUCCUUUGGUGACGGGAGGCCUCAGCUCGACCUGAACGGAGAGUAUUUUAUCUUCUAUUCCCACGGCCUCAACGCUGCGACGUGGACCUUCUGGUUUGAAAUCCAGCCCCCCGCAGAGCCGGACCCAGCUGGCCCAGAGGGGAUGAUCUCAGUCGCCAUAUCUACACACUACUUCUUUGGCCAAGACAGCCGAACUGCUCAGCUGGAGGAAAUCCUCCGCCGGUUCCCCACGUGGACUUUCCCCUCUUCCUGGGUCAGUACUUACGACAUGUAUCGAUACUGAGGACGUCACGCCUGGUGGAGGCUGAAGCAGAGGAGUGUGGAGAAGAAAACUGACAGAAACAAACACUAACGUUUUGGCCGUGUCCCAGCUGGCCUCAGAGACCUCCAUCACUGUGUCAGCUGACCCGAGCAGGACCGCCGCUCGGGCCGCUAAAAGCCUCGCGCUCACUACUGACUUAGUGUCACAAAGGAGUUUAAAGUUGUUUUUUUAUACUCAGCUGUGCCUUUUCUUUCAACCGUCUGUUUAACUCACUUUCCUUCCUUUCCUCUGCUGGCGUCUCUUCUCGAAAUGAUUAACCUGCUUUUUGUUUUUAAAUCAACAAAGUGUUCAGGAAGUCAUCAGACUUAACGUGCCUCUGGCUUCGUCUGCAGCGAGAACACCGUCACCUCCUGCAGCUGGAGGUGUAGAAAACAUACUGACCGUGUUCUAACUCGAACCGAAGCGUUGGACGUUUUCGUCCGUUAGGAAAGGGGUUUUGCGUCGGCGAACGAGUUACCUGAUUGUUCCUCACAAGACGUGUUUUAAAUAGGAAAAAUCUGCUCAAGCUGUCAUAGGCUGUGGCGUUCAGAUGCAGAAAAAUGGGCUUGUUGAACAGAAAAAGCAGGCAAAAAGUAAAAUGUUCACAACUUGUUUUCUAAAAGUUUAGAAAAGAAAAAAUUUGUUGGAUUUCAGUAAAA